CAUUCAGAUAAUGUAAUGGCAUAUGAUAAUGUUGUUUCAGCUCUGGAAAAAAGUUGCCAAUUUCAUCAGGAUAGUAUUGAUUCUGCCCAGGUGAUUCCUGCAUGGUUGAACUGUUUGCCAAUAAAAGGUGAUUUGAUUGAGGCCAAAGUUGUCCAUGAUCAACUUUGUUCCAUGGUUGAAAGGUCUGACAGUGAGCUUUUGGGUCCAAACAAUCAGUACCUUCCUAAAAUAGUUUCAGUUUUUGCUGAGGUUUUGUGUGCUGGAAAGGACCUCGCAACGGAACAAACUGCUGGCCGCAUGAUUAAUCUGCUCAGACAGCUUCAACAAACUUUACCGCCUGCAACUCUUGCUUCUAGUUAAUGGUUGCCCAUUUUUUUGGUCAUCUCUGCAGCCACAACAACAGCUUGCAUUGCAAUCCAUCUUUUCUUCAUAGUUUCCAUGGUUUUGCUUCCUUGAAGUCUAUUCUUUCUUGAUAGCGUCACAUCUGAGUUCGCUAUUGGUGUCUUGCACUGCUUGGGGACAUGCUUUUUCUGGUUUGGUGGUCUCUCAAUAUGUUACCCAUUCUUUGCCAUAAGAUGGUAGGCAUAU